AUGCCUGGUGAGAGCUGUUCCUCGUGCAGGGAGCUGAGCCACAACAACUUCACAGGGCCCAUUCCUGACUCCAUCUCCACGCUCUCCACUCUGCAGGCCAUCUACCUGGCCAACAACCAUCUGAGCGGCAGUCUGCCGUCUGCCAUCAGUCGCUUGGAGAAGCUCCAACAGAUCUGGCUGGACAACAACAGCAUCGAGGGCCCUCUGCCAUCCGCCAUCUGCUCGCUGCCCUGGCUAUGGCGCAUUGGCUGUGGCGCAUGUGAGUGGCUGGCUGUGGCGCAUGUGAGUGGCUGGCUGUGGCGCAUCAUGGUGAGCAACAACCAUCUCUACGGGCCUCUGCCAGACUGCCUCUUCGACAAGUGCAUUAACCAAAUCGACGUGAGCAACAACAGCCUGUACGGGCGCAUCAACCACGACUUCAACAGCAUGGUGGCGGACUGGGAGGCCCUCAUCAACCUCGCACACAACUUCUUCUACGGAGAUGCAGUGCUCUUUGCCGCGGGCUGCCGGGUGUGCCCCGAGGAGAUCACCCAGCGCAACCAGCUGCAGCUGGGCGACAGCAGCGUGAGGCUGGCAAGGAACUGCAGCGACACUGCCUUCUCUGGCCAGCGCGACUACUCGGUGGUGGGGGCAGGCAAGGGCGCCCGCGGGAGUCUCGCAGGCAACUGUCUGACCCUCAAACGGGAUGUCAAGUGCCCGUCCAACGCCACUCAGCGCAGCACGGCAGCCUGCCAGGCGUUCUGCAGCAUCACGGACAACGGCCCGUGUGAUGGCCAUGGGGCGUGUGUGCCGCCUGCGCCAGACGCCCAGGCCAACUUCACAUGCAUGUACGACGCCGAGUACUCCUCCAUGGACCUGGGCAACAGCUCCACCUGCGCCAUCCUCAGCUCCACCACCACUGCUGGUGAGGCACCCUCACACAUGGACUCCUUACCUGGAAGCUGCAGCCCAUGCUGCGCUCACAUCUCACCCAUGCUGCGCUCACAUCUCACCCAUGCUGCGCUCACAUCUCACCCAUGCUGCGCUCACAUCUCACCCAUGCUGCGCUCACAUCUCACCCGUGCUGCCCUUCCUGCCUUUAGUGCAUCUCCAACUCCAUCUCCUCGACUCCCCACCUUUUUUACCCCACCCUCCCUGCUCCCUCCGUCGUUGCUGUCAACAGGUGUCAUCGUAGGCAUCACUGUGGGGUGCUUUGCCGGAUUCACUCUGCUCACUGCUGUGCUUGCCUGGCUACUGUGGCCCCGUCGACAAAGGAAGUGGGAGGGGCUGGACCUGUGCGAGCAGUUCUCACUGCAGCAGCUCGUGAAGGCCACGGACAACUGGGCGCCUGAGAACUUGCUGGGGCAAGGCGGGUUUGGCACUGUGUACAAGGGGUGCUCGCCGCAGGGGCAGCUGUGGGCAGUGAAGCGCUCCACUGUCAUGACCAACGAGUUUGAGACGGAGGUGCGCGCCAUGGCAUCGCUGCACCAUGUGAAUCUGGUGCGCCUGUUGGGCUUCUGCCAGGACCAGAACGUGGAGAAGGGCAAGCAGGAGCAGAUCCUCGUGUACGAGUUCGUGGGCAACCGAGACCUGCACCACCACCUCUACAAGACUAAGAGUCAGAUGCCCUCGCACCAAGUCACCAAGUCGCCAGCCAAGUGUUCUUUAGCAGAGAAUGUCAAAAGCUGCUAA